AUGCCCCAGGUUGAAGGAAUAGAAAGCUGCUCAGACUUCCCAGGCUUCGUCUUGGCCUUCGUGGAGACUGGGAAACUGGGCUCUUGGCAGUCUUAUGGUCACCAAGCCGAGACGGAAAAGACGGAUUUACUCGCGUUGACAGCCUGCGGGGGGCCCCGGAUCUCAAGCUCGGCAAAUGGGCGUCGCAUGGAGAAUCUCCAGUCUCCCCGCAGUUCUCCAGUGUUCAUUCUUUAUCCGUCCCAUCCCCAGCAAGUUUCCGCCUUGCUCUUCACUCUUUACAUUGUUUCUCAAGUUGACCAGGAAUCCGUCCCUGUCGCCCGCUUGAAACGACGCGAGUAUCUUUGCCCAGCCCAGCCUGUGCAACUGGGAUCAGCAGCAAUGGAUUCACAAGCAUCAACCCCCACAGCCGCGGCCGCCGCUCGCGUCUCCAAAUCGGCGCAACGUUCGGCGGAGAGCGCGUCCGGUUCUUCUCCUCAGCGCAUGUCACGCAAACGCAGCCUUUCGACAGCAAAUGGCGACACGCUGGGCUCACCUGGCUCUGAUGACACAAUUACCCACAACCACGGCCGAGGCAGCAAGGGCCACAAGGUCAGCAGGGCAUGUGACCACUGCAAGCAACGCAAAGCCAAGUGCAGUGGCACGAUACCGUGCGCGACCUGCUCCAGUAGGGGGUUGACGUGCCUCUAUGCGGCUCGAUACUCGAGGGGCCGUCCGCCGACCCCGCCACCUUCACGGGAUCAUCAUCCGACGGCCCCAGUUCGCCAUGUCAGUGCCAGACUGGAUCACCAGACUGAGCCCCGGGUCACUGUCUCUCGACCUGAGAAUAUGCGCUUGAGCGUCAAUCGUCUCAGUGAGAGUGUACCGGCAUCCCGUGCGUCCCCUGAGCUCGGUAUGGCGGAAAUUGAGGGACAAGUCUUUGACCCUACAUCCGGCGUGACCUUUCUCCACCGGGCAUGGAAAAGGCUAGCCAAGCAUGAUGGUGCCGUUCCUGUCAAUGACUCCCAUGCCUACGCCUCUGUCCAACACCAACCUGUUAUGCUGGCCGGAGACAGACCUCUGCCUCAGACCUCGGAAGAGGAUAUUUACAGGUUGAACUUGCCUGGCCAUCAAGACCUUGUGGAUUUGCUGGCCAUGUACUUUGAUGUCUGCAUUGCAACAUACCACAUUGUGCAUAGACCUACGGUACAGUCUUGGCUGGAGACCAUCGAAACAAAUGUCCAAGGGGGACAGGUACCUUGGCAAGGUCUUGGCAGAGCCAGGACGUCCAUCGUACUCGCCUGCCUAGCUGUAGCGACGGCACAUCGUCAAAAGUCGCGUGGUCUCGCUUCCGACCAGGUCGACGCGCUCUCACUGUCCCCAAGCGACCAUCUCUUCUGCGUUGCUGCUCAGCUCACGGAUGCGGAAACCGGGUCCCCGCGACUCGAGUCUGCUCAGGCGCGAAUAAUUCAAACCUUGUAUCUCCUGACCACCUCUCGAUUCAAUCGAGCUUGGUACACCUUUGGCAAUGGACUGCAGAUCAUCUCGGCGUUGGGUCUCCAUCGAAAAAGUGCGAGAAAGCGCCAGCUCACUUCGAGCCCCGUCGACUAUAUACAGUCGCAAUUCCGUGUGCGCACCUUUUGGACAGCGUACAUCUUGGACAAGAUCGCCCAAAUCAUCAGCAAGAUAUCGCGUGAGGUCUACUCGAUCAAACCCAUAUCGGAGGAAGAACGCAUCUCCGCCGCACAUCGACUCAGUAAAGAAGUCCACGAGUGGAAGGAGAGCCUGCCACCAUAUUUGGGCUCCAUCCAUCCUUCAAUGCUGGUUCCAAGCUUCAGGCGGAAAUCCAUCGUCCUCAAGCUUGGCUACAGUCACGCCAUUAUGCACGCCAACAGGCUGUUCCUCCUGGCGACGGUGUACCCGGAGAGCGAAACCCAGAUUGCCGAGUGUCUGGGUGCCGCUCGCAGCGUGUUCGAGACAGUUGAUGGCCUAGCUGCCGAGGGCCCAAUCUUUCACGCCUUUUGGUGGACGCAACGCAUCUUGCCAAAGCAACGGCCACAAACUCCCCCAGUCGGCGGUAUGCCGUCAUCUUGGAGGAGUUUCGUUCCGAAGCCAUGGGAAUUCCGCCAGUGCCCGGUGGCGACAGUGGUCACCUGGCGGAAAUGCAGCCGGGACAGGCGAUGCACUCUGAAGCGCAGGUAG